UUGCCUCGAGCAUAAAAUCACCGCAGACUUCAGACUUGGACACGUAGAGCAGAUUGCCCAACGAUCUCCACGAAUCCAGGACUGCCUAAACCCCGUGACCCGUCAGGGCUUAAGGCCUCUCUCUGCAAGCUCGACCAUUGAUAGCAGCAGUCGUCGAUCAGACUGCAGGUUCCAUCUCCCCGUGCCCGACGAAAUCGAUACCGCUGUGGCUGUCAUCCGCAUCAGUAGCCAGCAAUCUCACGUCUCAGUCCGGAGCAGCAUCUGGUUCCCACAGCAGACGGAGAAUUCUCUUCACAUGGAUUUUUAGAUGACGCCAUAUCUCGGCCAUAUGCAGGUCUGGGAUUUCGCUAUGGAAAUGACGGUGUGUUGGGAAUGUGAGGAGGACGCAGAGAACUAACGCAUGGAGAGCAGUACUAUAAAAAAUUGAGCUUUUUUCCAGCCAUGUCGUCCGCUGCUGCUCUGUGCCCUCAGGCCCUCACCUCUGCUACGAGAAGUGUGUGGGGCAAUUUUCAAUCAUGUCAGGUGCAUAUGGGAAUCCCACUUGGCGCUGGUCGGUUUGGAGAGGGUAGUGGGAUUGAUCGUCUGUCCACGGAAUUGGGCUUUUGUGGAUUCUUAGGCUGCACAUUCCGCCGUGCUGCCGGUGAGCAGAAUGGAUUUAAGGAGAGGAGCCGUAAGAGAGGAUUGGCGACGUCUGCCUCGGGCAAUUUUGACAGGCGGAGACCCGUGGAAGUCUCCAGGCGUGAUUCUUCGAGAAAUGCGCCUUCUGGAGAGAGGAGGCAGCAGCGUACGAAGUUCAGGGAUGACAUAUCCCCACACCGUGCAGUCGUCGUUGUGCGGUUGUUACGGAUAGAGGAAGGCGGAGCCUAUGCCGACAUCUUGAGUUGGGAUUCCACCAUUGAUACCACAAGAGAAAUGCAGUACGUUCAGCGCACGCUUGGAUUCAGCACUGCGGAGCUGGAACCCCGAGGUAGAAGGCUGGUCACGGAGGAAGUGGCUGGAAUUGUUCGAUGGAAGCGCUACCUAGACUAUUUAAUUUUUAGCCAAUUCAGAGGAGAAGAAAGAGACUAUGAACGCAUGGAACCUCUUCUUCGUCAGAUAUUACGACUGGGGGUGUAUGAACUCGUGAUGUUAGAAAUGUCCCCUUACGCAGUGGUCAACGAGGCUACACAGCUCGCCAAGAUUGCACUGAGGGCUGGAGCGGGGGGCAUGGUAAAUGGUCUCCUUCGAGCUGUGGCUACAAAUCAGAUUGAAAAUAACCACCCAUCACCCGUGCUGGAAGGAGAUGACCGCUCACAAGCAAGAGCCCUUGCUACAAUUCAUUCUCAUCCAGUGUGGAUGGUCAGGAAGUGGAUGGCAAGAUUUGGGAAGGAGGAAACUAUCGAACUUCUUCAAUACAAUAACAGGAGGCCAACUUUUGCUUUGAGGGCUAAUAUUGCUCAAGGUGUGUCACCAGAAGAUCUCAGUGCACAGUUGGACAAACUGGAGGUGGCUCACGAGAAAUCGCCAUAUGUGCCUGAAUUUGUUAGACUUUCUAUAGGUAUGCAGGAUGUUCUUCGAGCAGGAUUGCUCAAAGAUGGCCUUUGUGCUGUACAAGAUGAGAGUGCAGGUUUGGUGGUAUGUGUGGUCGACCCACAGCCAGGAGAGCACAUAAUAGACUGUUGCGCGGCACCUGGUGGCAAAGCUCUCUUUCUAGCCGCAAAAUUGAACGGCACAGGGAAAGUGUUGGCAGUAGAUAUAAACGAGGGGCGUCUGCGUAUCCUUGAGGAGGCUGCGGAACAGCUAGGAGUAUCAAACAUAGUGAGCACACUUUGUUGUGAUCUUCGGAACUACACUGCUGAUGUAACUGGCACUGCAGACAAAGUACUUCUGGAUGCUCCAUGCAGUGGAUUGGGUGUUUUAGCGAAAAGGGCAGAUCUAAGGUGGCGAAGAACACCCGAAGAAAUUCUUGGGCUCAACGAUCUUCAGGACCAACUGCUUGAUUCUGCUGCAAAGCUUGUGAAGCCAGGUGGAGUGCUUGUCUACAGCACUUGCUCCAUAGAACCGGCUGAGAACCAUGAACGGGUGGCAGCCUUUAUCGACGGGCACCCUGAGUUUGUGAUUGAAUCCGCUGAAGCGUUCAUACCCAAGGAACUGGUAUCGGAGGAGGGCUAUUUCGCUUCAAAACCUCACAAGCACCUCAUUGAUGGGGCCUUCGCUGCUAGGCUACGGAAAACUCAGUGAGAUUCCGAGUCACAGUACUUUGAUCUGACUUGGACGAAUCCUGAUCUCGGAAAUGUAAAUACUUUCGAGGUUUACGAUUUUAUAGUAGGAAGUAAACGAUUACACAACGAGUCAAAUAGAUUUAGGCGGAACCAGAAUUGGGUGGAAGAAAUAUCUCCUUUAGCACCUUCGCUGAAACAGGAUGUAAAUUCAAUGUGAGCCACUUGUGGCAUCCGAUUGUCCUGCAUUGUGAUCCCGAUGGGAAUGGUUUAAGGCUCACUGGAGUAAAUUUGUGCUGGAAGCGAAUCCAUGAAUCGAAUAGAAGAAGAAUGUGUGACUUUAGGUGA